AUCCUAGCUCGAGGAAGAUGUUGUCUUUCCAGGUGCAUCACUCGGUACCUGGUGUCCAUGGCUGCAGCAGAUUUGCUUGUGAUCAUCACUGCUGUGGUAUUGAAUCGGAUUCGUGGUAUUUAUUUCCCAGUUAGUUUUCUGACAACAACUCCAGGCUGCAGUGUUAGUGCUGUCCUAACGUAUGCAGCCAGGGACAGUUCAGUCUGGUUAACAGUUGCUUUUACCUUUGAUCGUUGUGUAGCUAUCUGUUGCCAGCAACUGAAAAUGAAUUAUUGCUCUGGGAAAACAGCAGCUGUGGUUAUAACAACUGCCAGUUCUCUGAGCUGCAUUAAAAACAUCCCCUGUUACGUUAUAUAUGAACCUUUAUACAUAAUAGACAAUGUACCAUGGUUUUGCAACAUUAAGUUAUUAUUUUACAUGGCACCUGUUUGGGCAGCAUUUGACUGGUUGGACCGUAUUCUGACUCCUUGUGUCCCUUUUGGUCUGAUUCUUCUGCUCAAUGCUCUGACUGUCAGGCAUAUUUUAUCAGCCACGAGAGCUCGCAAGAGACUUCAUAUCCACAGCAAUGGACAAAAUCAGAAUGACCGGGAGGUGGAGAACCGGAGAAGAUCCAUCCUUUUACUUAUUUCUAUAUCGGGUAGUUUCAUACUCUUAUGGAUGACCUAUGUUGUAAAUUUGUUGUACGUGCGAUUUACAAAUGGCAAUUAUUUUGCAGGUUCUGAUUUCCGCGACCCUAGAUUCAUACUGCAGGAAAGUGGGUAUAUGCUUCAACUUCUUAGCUGUUGCACCAACACUUGUAUUUAUGCUGUAACACAGAAUAAGUUCAGGCAGGAAUUAAAUAAUAUGUUGAAAUAUCCAUUUAAUCUAAUUUGGACAUUCAUUAAGUGA